AGGCCCGAAGCAUCAAAGCCGAACUGAUGGAGGAAGAGGUCGAAGACAGCGAUGAUGAAGAAUAUGAGAUGGAAAAAAAUGCAUUGAGAGCAAUGGAGGCUGGUGGCCGAGACUCCUUAGCUGCAGCCUAUGAAGCCAUGGCUGCCAAGGAGGUUGUGUACGACACCUUCACAGAUGAGCUGCGAGCGGGCUACGCUGCUCGGAUAACAGCCCGUGAAGCUUGGCUGGAGAGCAUUGAGCAGCACGUCCGUGAUCGAGAAGCCAAGGAGCACCGUCUACGGACGCAGCGGCAGACGGGUGGCACAGCCAGGUCCCUGAGGUUUGGCACUGCCAUUGCGCACAAACGUAUCCCUGGCUGGCCAGCCGGCGGGAUGCAUGAGCAUGGCUGGUAGCCUGCACUGUUUCACCUGGCAACAGAGAGCGCGCGGCGUCACGGUGGUG